AGGGAAGGAGCAGCCAGUGUCUCUGUGACGGUCGUCGGAGGUGGAGGUCUACCGCUCGCUCUCCUGGAUUAAUAACUGAAAACCUUCCCUGUCUACCACCAGUGUAUUGGCUCCAUAGUAUUAGUGGUGCAUUAGGUGAAGAUGGGUAUGGUGCGUGUGUAUCGAGGGCCAGGCACCUGGGAAGCCCGCAGAGCAGCCCAGGCGGUGCUCCUACAGCGUCUCCGUCACUCCUGCUACAUGGUGGAAGCCCUCCAGCAUGAGAUCUGCUAUUACAUCCUCGCUGAACCCAGUUGUGAGGAAGAUUGUAAGGGAGAUAUAAGGAAGCUACUCGGUGAUGAAGGGGCAUGUCAACUUAAGGAACUGCUGGGUAACCCCUGGAUGAGUGAGCAUGACUUGCACUCCCACACGCAGUUGGAGAUAAAAAGUGGCUCUACGCAGACCAUUAUUGAGAUUGGCCCAAGAUUGAAUUUCACAACUGCCUGGAGCACCAACGCAGUCAGCAUAUGCCAGGCAAUGGGGUUGACAUCUGUGAAAAGGGUAGAACGAGCCCACCGUUAUUUGGUUACUGUUAAGGGAAAGUUUGACCCUGAGAAAAGGAAAAAGUUAGUGGCAGCCCUGCAUGACCCAAUGACACAGCAAGAGUACGAGACGCCCCUAGAGAGCCUCACGCAGGAGGCUGCCACCCAGACGUGGUGGGAGGUUGAUGUCCUGACAAAGGGCAAGGAAGCACUACAGGAGGCAAACAAUUUGAUGGGUCUGGCUUUUGAUAAAUGGGAUAUAGAUUACUACACAGAACUGUUCAAGACGAGAGUACAGCGAAACCCAACCACUGUGGAGCUUUUUGAUCUGGCACAAUCAAACUCUGAGCAUUCAAGACAUUGGUUUUUUAAGGGAGAGUACACUCUGGAGGGAAAGAAGCUACCGCAGUCUCUCUUCGAGAUGGUCAUGGCCACCAACACUCCCCAUACCACUAAUGCAAACAAUGUUAUAGCCUUCUCUGACAAUUCAAGUGGUAUCAAAGGAUGGGAGAUACCAGUUCUGGUCCCAUCUGACCCCUGCAAAACUUCAGAAAUUAAAGUUCAGCACAAACUUCGUCACCUGAUUCUCACGGCAGAGACUCACAACUUUCCUACUGGUGUAGCACCUUUCAGUGGAGCCACAACAGGCACUGGAGGUCGCAUUCGUGACAUCCAGGCAGCGGGUCGGGGAGGGCACGUGGUGGCUGGUACAGCUGGCUACUGUUUCGGCAAUCUUCACAUUCCUGGUUACAGUUUACCAUGGGAGACUCAAGGGACACAUUAUCCGAGCAACUUUGCCUCGCCACUGGAGAUUGCCAUAGAGGCCUCGAAUGGUGCCUCGGACUAUGGAAACAAGUUUGGAGAACCAGUUAUUGCUGGCUUUGCUCGAUCCUUUGGAAUGGUAAUUGGUAAGGACUCGGAGGCAGAGAGACGGGAGUGGAUUAAGCCCAUAAUGUUCAGCGGUGGACUGGGUACUCUGGAUGCUGACAUGGUUGCUAAACUGCCUCCCAAGAAAGGUCAACGCGUGGUGAAGGUCGGAGGACCAGUGUACAGGAUCGGUGUGGGCGGUGGAGCUGCAUCUUCAGUUCAGGUACAAGGUGACAACGAAGCUGCACGGGACCUGGGUGCAGUGCAACGUGGUGAUGCAGAGAUGGAACAGAAGAUGAACAGGUUAAUUCGUGGCUGCUUGGAGAUGGAGUGUAACCCCAUCUUGGCUAUACAUGAUCAGGGUGCUGGUGGUAAUGCUAAUGUGCUGAAGGAGUUGAUGGAAGGUGCUGGUGGUGUAAUAUUUACAAAGUCGUUCAGCCUUGGAGACCCUACACUGUCUACACUGGAGAUCUGGGGCGCUGAGUACCAGGAGUCAAAUGCCAUGUUGGUUGAUGAGCAGCAGAUUCCAACCCUGCUGCAGCUUGCUCAACGGGAGAAGUGUCCUCUGGAUGUUGUGGGCCUCAUUACUGAUGAUGACAAGGAGGGCACAGCAACGAGUAUUGGUGAGCAGCCCAUUAAGAUGCUAGUGAACUCUGCGGCUGGUGCGAGAAUGACGUUUCUGGAGGCCUUGACCAACCUGGUGGCUGCUCCCAUCUCUAGCCUUAAGGAUGUGAAGUGCUCUGCCAACUGGAUGUGGGCGGCCAAACUUCCAGGAGAGGGUCAUGAACUAUAUCAAGCAUGCGAGGCCAUGUGUGAAAUAAUGAAAACUGUUGGUGUGGGUGUGGAUGGUGGCAAGGACUCGUUGAGCAUGGCAGCACGAGUGCCAGGAGUGGCAGGCACCAGCAGUGUGGUGAAGGCUCCUGGGUCUCUGGUUGUCUCAGCUUAUGCUCCGUGUCCUGAUGUGACCAAGGCAAAACUACACAUGGGUAAUUACUACUGCGACUGUCCUGAUGUAGGUGUCCCAGAAGUUGCAGUGUUUGUGGCUGCAUUUGGUGUCAUUCAACAGCUAAUAAAUGAGAGUGUAGUGUUGGCCCUGCAUGAUGUGAGCGACGGAGGGCUAGUGACAUGCCUGCUGGAGAUGGCCAUAGCAGGUUGGGGUGGCAUGGAGGUGGACAUCCCUCCCGCACCUGCACCCUCGGGUGUAGACCAUGCCCCGCUUCCACUUUCUGCUCUGUUCAGCGAGGAAGUUGGGUGGGUGCUGGAGGUGGCAGGUGAGCAGAGCAAGUGUGUCUUGGAGAGGUUUGUGAGUGCCGGAGUUCGUGGCACCUGUUGUCUGGGCACCACCGUAGGAACUGGUCCUCGUGCUCAGGUGAGUAUCAGUGUAGGAGGUGAAGAGACCAUUUGCUUGACGGUGCUGGAAGCUGCCAGACUGUGGGAGGAGACUAGUUAUCAGUUGGAGAACCGGCAAACCAACCCAGAAUGUGCCGAGGACGAGUACCGCAGCCUUGCCGACCGUGCGCACACCACCUACGAUGUCCCCUUCUCUUACAGAGACUUUGUCUUGGGUCCAGAUUAUGCGGCUGUGAAUGUACCACGUGUGGCAAUCAUACGUGAGGAAGGCACUAAUGGUGACAGGGAAAUGGCAGCGGCACUCCUUCAAGCUGGUUUUUGUGUGCAUGACAUAACUAUGACUGAUCUCUUGGGUGGAAACAUAAAGCUGGAGGGGUUCCGGGGUUUGGUUUUCCCUGGAGGAUUCAGCUAUGCUGAUGUUCUGGGGUCAGCAGUAGGCUGGGCUAAAGUGAUCAGCGGUUCUCCACGACUGCUGGAUGCAUUAGAAACGUGGAAGAGCAGCUCUAAUAACUUCUCACUUGGUGUUUGCAAUGGGUGUCAGCUGAUUGCUCUGCUUGGCUGGCUGGAUCCUGAUGGCCACCAAGGUGAAUCUUCAGCAGUUUGUCUAACCCAGAACACUUCAGGACGAUUUGAGUCUCGUUGGUCUAGAGUUCUAAUAGAACCUUCAAACUCGGUGUUGCUGAGAGGCAUGGAAGGAGCGAAGCUUGGGGUGUGGGUGGCACAUGGGGAAGGUCGGUUCAUCUAUCGCACCCAGGAGGUUCUGCCAGCAUUGGAGUCUGAUGGAUGUAUUGCUCUUCGCUACUUGGAUGACCAGGACCAGCCCACAGAGCAAUACCCUUUCAAUCCAAAUGGCUCACAAGGUGGUGUGGCUGGCGUUACGUCGCCCUGUGGAAGGCACCUGGCUCUCAUGCCACAUCCAGAGAGGUGCACCCUGACUUGGCAGUGGCCACACCUUGCUCCACCCCUCAUUGCUCCUACCGCAGACUGUAGGCUCAUUGCCCCAUGGAGUAGGCUCUUCCAGAAUGCCUUUGACUGGUGCUUUGAUGAGUCAUAAUAGUAGCAGUCUUCACUAAAUCCUGGAGCCAUACUAGUUUCUUAAAUUUGAGUUCUCCAAUAUUCUUGGAGGCAAUAGCAGUAACUACAUUUUAGUUGAUUUGCAGUCAUUUUUCUUCAAAAAAGGUUAUAAUGCCUUCAAUUUCUUUCAAGCUGAUGGAGGGUUAAAGCUCCAUAGUGUAUAUAUAAAAGUGCUCUCUGCCAAUUGUGCCAUUUUAAUAUAUAUACAGUAACUUAAAAUGAAAAUGGUAUAAUAAAAAUAAAUUAGUUUG